AUUAGUUAAAGAAUCUAACCAAUUUUCAAUAUUGCAACAUACCAUUAAAACCAUUCUUGCAUCGUCUGCUUUCACAUCAAGAAAUACUUGAUAUCUUUGAAAUAUGGCAGCACAUAUUGAAAAUGAUGCAGUUGAGGUUAAUCGUGAAUUGCUGAAGGAGCUCGAAGAUAUGGGGUUCUCGAUGGCUCGGGCAGCCUGGGCUCUGCAUCACUCUGGUAACUCUAGUCUUGAAGAAGCCGUGAACUGGAUCAUAGACCAUGAGAGCGAUUCACAGUUUGAAAAAAUGCCUUUGAUGGAAUUUAACAUUGAGAUUGAGUCUCCAAAUCCAUAUGAUGAUACUGCAGAAACUUCUCAGGCAAGAGCUAAAGAACUAAUGGAACAAGCUCGUAAACUAAGAGAAGAAGAAGAAACUAAACGUGAAAGAGAAAGAGAAAAGGAAAGGAUACGAGCAGGGAAAGAGAUGAUGGAGACAAAGAGAAUUGCGGAAGAAAACGAAAGAAGACGGAAUAUAGCUUUGAGGAAAGCUGAGAAAGAUGAGGAGAAAAAAGCAAGAGAGAAAAUUAUGGUUAAAGUUAAUGAAGACAAGCUGAAGAGAAAGCGGAGGCUCGGAUUGACAACUGAAACAGAAUCUGCUUCGACAUCAACUCAUGUUUCUCCACUUAAUACUAAGAGGGUAGUAAUGUCGCCGCCAAGCCGAGCCUCGAAAGCAGAGGAGAUGAGGGAAUGCUUAAGGUCAUUAAGACGAAACCAUAAAGAUGAAGAUCCAAGAAUCACGAGGAAGACAUUUGAAACGCUUCUGACAAUUGUGAGAAAUGCAGCUAAUAAGCCAGGUGAAGAAAGAUAUAGAAGAAUCCGUCUCACGAACCGCUUGUUCCAUGAGAGAGUCGGGAGAUAUAGCCAAGGUAUUGAGUUCUUGGAGUUUUGUGGAUUCAACAGAGAGGAUGGAUCUGAGUUCUUUUAUCUACCGUACCGUGACGUAGACAUCAACCGGCUUCGAGACGCUGCGUUUCAGCUAAACGCUGCGAUUACCAAUCCCUUCUUCGGUCUUCUCUCCACGGAAGCUGAAGACCGUGAACAAUAAAGUUUAUCUUCAUGAAUUCUUAUGUUCGUUCCAUCUAUAACACAUAAUAUAAGACAAAUAUAAAAGUGUAUAUUUACAAGUUAAAUAUCAAAAAGUGUUGCGUUGGCUACAAUUAACGACAAAAAGUGUAUCCAGAUCAAUAUAGCCAAAAAUGAACAACGCCAAAAAAAACCUCACCGGGCUAUGGUAGAUUUUUCACAUAGAAAGGAUUUACUUGUUACUAAUGG